AUGUACCUCUCGCCACCAAGCGUCCCUCGCUGGCUGGCAACGCCGGUUGUCGCCAAAGCGGGCGGCGUGCAUUAUUAUCCAUUACUGUUCAGGCGUUGUCCGGAAGUAGUUCGUCUUCUUUGUCACGAUACCCCCCCUUUCCCCCCUGCCUGGUUCCUCGCCGGCUCGGGCGUCCUCUCGUGUAACCCUCCCUUAGGGCUUGUGGCGUGGUUCCGAGCCAUUGUGUCUAGUCUGCCAUUUUGUGAGUUGUGA